AUGACGUUGGAACUGAGCAACUUCCUAGGCUGGAGAGUUGAGAGAGAGAGAGAGAGAGAGAGAGAGAGAGAGAGAGAGAGAGAGAGAGAGAGGAGAGAGAGAGAGAGAGAGAGAGAGAGAGAGAGAGAGAGAGAGAGAGUACAGAUCACAAACAUAUUGGAGCCCAAGUCAACAACUGUUUUACCAUUUGAAGGAGGACAUCAGGGCACAGUUGAGAGAGUUGUAUUUGAAGUAACAUCAGCUGAAAAGGUUCAAGAUGGUAAAUCAACUUUUGUGCUGUACACAAUUCUGAUAACCAGAAAUUCAGGGAUAAAUUCGGGGAAUUCGGUGCCUUCAGUGAUCCUGAAACGGUACUCCGAUUUUGACAAGCUGAAUAAACAGUUAAAGAAACAAUUCCAUUCUUUGCUUGAAGAUGUGGUAUUCCCUAAAAAGAAGAUAGCAGGUAAUUUUACAAGCGAAACUAUUGCCAGGCGAAGCCGUGGCUUUGAGCAGUAUCUUGCCCAUGUGUUUUCUCUACCAGAAGUGCGAGAAUCCGCUGAACUAGCAAAUUUCUUUUACAGGGAAGAUUUGCAUUGCGGAUUCUCACUUAUGGAGAAGGGGCAGAUAUCUGAGGCUAUCCCACUAUUUGAACAUGUCCUUCCUGUUCAGGAAAAACUGCUAGGGGAUGACCACCCGAGUGUCAUUCGAACUCUGUGCACCUUAGUUCACUCUUAUAGCACGGUAGGCAAUGGCAGGAUGGCCCAAAAAUAUGCUGAAACGGCUCUAAACUGCCUAAAUCAAGAUGUCAACAACAAAUAUCUUGCCUCAUUACUGAAGACUUCAAUUCGUCUGUGCUGGGAAAUAGGCAAGGAUAAGCAGGACUUGGAGGCUCGUCUGAAUGAUCUAAGGCAGCUGGGCCUGGCAGACAAGAUAGUGCCUCUAGAGGAUCUCAUUUACCAGGAAUUAUCCGUCUGAUACAUAUCAGCCUUAUUCAUCUGGUUUUUAUUGUUAUGUAGGUUAGCAUUUGUAAAAUGUUUAAGCAUAAAGACGUGUACAUGACUUUCCUAUUGGCCAUUGGAGAUUUGCUUUGAUCUUUUGGUGAUGAAUUUUUGGUCAUAUUUUUACUCUAAGUUUCUCUUCAUUCCUUGUAAAAUUGUUCAUAUCUUGAUGAGAUGGGCUAUCAACUUUCCCACACCAGUCGUGCUGGUUGCAGUCUUAGCUUCUCAUCUGCCUCCCUCUACUUACCAUAUGUAAACAUACAUGUACACUAUGGUUAACAGUAAGAAAACACUUUACCAAUC